AUGACAUGGGCCAGUAAGGAAAACGCGUAUUAUUCAGCUACGGCUUUGGCGUGUUAUGGUUAUCACAAGAGAAAGGAAAUGUUGAAUACUUUUUAAGCGAGUUCACUUAACGGUUGAAGAACACUGCAUAUCAACAGUGGUCCGCUGAUGUGAAGGGCAACAGUCAGCUGAAUAGCUACAGUCAGGGGCGGAUUUAGGCCGUCUUCUGGGUCUUCCAGAAGACGGUCAGAUUUUCAAGUUUACACUGACGGGGGCCGUGCAAAAGGACAUGCUGAAACAAAAAUGCUCCGUGCAAAGAAACUACAUGUGGUCUUCGUUCUUAUUGGAGUAGUGAUAGUGAUAUGUACAAUGGGAGUUCUCUUUAAAAAACCGACUGAAUUUUCUACAAAUUUUGCCGAACGUUCCGAAAGUCUCACUCAUUUCCAAGGCAGACGACAAAGGGGAUAUGAAUCAGAGCUUCAACCAGUUGGUGAACAACCACAAGCUGCGUUCAGGCAGUGCAAGGCACUAUUUGAAGGGGACAGGAGUGCUGCAGUUCAAGCUAAAAAAUUUAUGGAGAAUCAUCCAAAAGUUCCCGUAAACCCCGAACAGUAUAAGAGCUUGACACGAAACUGCUCUGACUUCAUACACAGACGAGGCUACAUAACUUCGGUUUCCCAAGUAGAAACCAACUUCCCUAUUGCAUUUAGUUUGGUGGUUUAUAAGGAUGUUGAACAAGUGGAGAGAUUGUUACGUGCAAUAUACAGGCCUCAGAAUUACUAUUGUGUUCACGUGGAUAAAAAGUCGCCUAGAGAUUUUAUGAAGGCAAUUACAGCAAUUGCAGGGUGUUUUAAAAACGUUAUUAUUCCCUCAGUGCGUAUUCAUGUUGUGUGGGGACGAAUCAGUGUUUUAGAACCCGAGUUUCUCUGUAUGCGAGAACUUUUAAAAUACCAGAAGUGGAAAUAUUUUAUAAAUUUAACGGGUCAGGAAUUCCCGUUGAAGACUAAUAAAGAGUUAGUGAAAAUUCUUCAGAUUUUCAAUGGAGCCAAUGAUAUCGCUGGUUCCCUUAAAAAGCAGUUAAGUACUAUCAAAAAACGAACAGGCUAUGUUUAUAUAGGUAACAAAAAUACAUUUAUCACGAAGUCUCCUCCGCCAGCGGGUAUUCACAUUCAUAAGGGGCAGAUGAAAAUCACGGCGACAAGAGAAUUCGUGGAUUACGUGAUACACAAUGAGACGGCACACCUGUUUUUGGACUGGGUGAAUGGUACUCUGGUCCCUGAUGAAACAUACUUUGUUUCUCUUAAUAACAACCCACAGCUGGGAGUUCCAGGGGCACACAUAGGAGAUCCAGACAAAAAACCAUACCUGACUCGUUACGUAGUAUGGGUAUACGGUAAAGCAAAAUGCUGGGGUAAGGAAGUGAGACAUGUUUGCGUGUUCGGGGUAUCAGAUCUACCAAGUUUGAUUGAUAGGAAAGAAUUAUUUGUGAACAAGUUCCAUCUUACUUUUGAAUAUUUAACGUACGACUGCAUGGAGGAAAUGUAUUUCAAUAAAACAAGAGUAGAAAACGCAUUGCCUUUUAAUUCUGAUUAUUACCGUAACUUAGAAUUCGUAAGAAAUCAUGUAUAAUGACAUAAGUGCAUCUGAGUUCAGUAAAAGUAUACCAAUAAAGAUAAUUCAUUAUCGUUUCUUUUAUCAGGAAUAAAUAAUAGUUUAUGUUGUUUUUAUCAAGAAUAAACAGAGCAUUUUUUAAAAGAAUAAAGAAUUUACCGAUUAACAAAUGUGAUUUAAUGUAUUUUUGUCAU